ACAUGUAAAUGGGACAGAGAAGAAGGAGGAGGAGGAGGAGGAGGAGGAGGCGACAGAAGCGACAGGCAAACCCACCGUGUGUUUUCACUCUGGAGUUUCCUCUCUAACAGCAGCGUGCACUUCACCGGACUCUCUGUCGGACUAUUUCACACGUUUUACCGCCCGAGUUUACACACUUUGUUUACAGCUGCUGAGAGGAUGAAGGGCAGGAACCCGGGCGGUGUGUGGAGUUUGUAGAAGAAACAGAAACACGGGGCGACUCCUCUCCAGCUCGUCUGUCCGCAGCAGAGCUCACCAUGAGUUAGAAACGUCAGAGACCCCGUCACCGCCGCUGCCUUCCCCCCCCCCCCCUCCCUCUGCCGUCCUGAGCUCCGUGUCUGACUGACAGCAGCAUCACUCGCCCCACUUCAUGAUCCAGCAGGAUGCCGCUGAGGUCCUCGCACUCUCCGAGCGCCUCCUCAUAGCCUCGCACAAGGGACAGGCGGACAAUGUGGUCCAGCUCAUCAACAAGGGAGCAAAAGUAGCCGUCACCAAGUAUGGCAGAGGCCCCCUACACUUGGCCGCCUACAAAGGCCACACUGAGGUUGUGCGCCUCCUGCUCAAAGCCGGCUGUGACCUGGACAUCCAAGACGACGGCGAGCAGACGGCACUGCACAGGGCCGCCGUGGUCGGAAACAAUGACAUCAUCAGCGCUCUCAUCCAGGAAGGCUGUGCACUGGACCGACAAGACAAGGAUGGAAACACAGCGCUCCAUGAGGUGUCCUGGCACGGCUUCAGUCAGUCCGUCAAACUGCUGGUGAAGGCCGGAGCCAACGUACACGCUAAAAACAAGGCUGGAAACACGGCCCUCCACCUGGCGUGUCAGAACGGUCACGCUCAGAGCUCCAAAGUUCUCCUCCUGGGAGGCUCCAGACCCGACAGCAAGAACCACGUUGGGGACACGUGUCUCCAUGUCGCUGCUCGGUACAACCACCUGCCGAUGAUCCGCAUCCUGCUGGGAGCGUUUUGCUCCGUUUCAGAGAAGAACCUGGCAGGGGACACACCGCUCCACGUUGCAGCUGCUCUGAAUCAUAAGAAGACAGUACGUCUGCUGCUGGAGGCCGGAGCAGAGAGCCGCAUCUGCAACAACGCAGCUCAGACAGCUCUGGACCAGGCCAGAGAGCACAACAACCCGGAUGUUGCUCUUCUCCUCACUAAAGCCCCCCAGGUGCAGAGUUUUCUGCGAGGCAGGAGUGUGAGGAAGAGGAGGGACAAGCUGAAGGCGGAGGGUCGAGCUCAGUCGGUGCCCAGAGACGAGAUGCUGCCCUGCAAGGACAGCGCGUCUGCUGCAGAGGACACGCAGAGCAGCGACCGCGCCGCCUGCAAACACGCAGAGGUGACCGAGUCAAACACCAGGCAGGGGAAGAGCAGGAAGCAGAAAGAAAAGCCGUCGCUGUCCGACCCCCUCCGCCGCAGAGAUACCCGGCACGGUGAAAGUUUUAACAAGAGGAAAGACAAACUGAGAGGAGCUGCAUGCAUCCCUCCUCACAACUACAAAGCCUACCAGCUGUACACACUGUACCGCAGCAAGGACGGAAAGAUCAUGCAGGCUCCUCUGAACGGCUGUCGCUGUGAACCUCUCAUCAAUAAACUGGAGAAUCAGCUGGAGGCCACCAAGGAGGAGAUGAAGACCGAGAUCCACACAGUCCAAGACCUGAUGAACAGCAAGAUGGGACAGCUGGACCGCAAGAACAAGCACCAGAUCCGAGCUCUAGAUAAGAUGACGGUGGAGCGAGUGUCUGCAGAGAGGAGCGAGUGUGUGCAGAGGAUCGAGCAGCGAGCUCUGCAGGAGAGGCAGGAGGCAGAGAAGAGACAGCAGGCGUCCCUGGUCAGCGAGCUGAAGAGCUGGUGUCUGUCCAAACUGCAGAACAUGGAGGUCCGCUUCACCGGAGACCCCGCCAGGCUGCAGCGCUCCUCCUCCGUGACCGAGGGCCUAAACGAGGCAGAGGGAGCCGGCCUCACCGUGCUGCCACCCGGCUCACAGUGCCUGGAGCUCCACAGCAGCCCCGUCCACCCGGACUCCAGCUGGGGGGAGGCCAGCGUGGCAGAGAGCGGCGCGAACAACCACUACUUUGUGGUCCAUGUGGAGAGUUCUCCAGAUGUGAAUAAGACUCCUGGUGCAGAGGUCGCCUCUCCUGCAGCAAAGACCCCGCUGUCUUCUGUCCAGGUGGUCCGACCUAAAGAGCGCUCAGUGAUCUGUGCAGAGGCUCAGAGGAAGAACCUGGACCUGAAGGAUGUGGACGUGAUGGAGAACCAGACGACGGGGGGCAGGAUUCACAGAGCCAGCAGCCUGUCUCCGGCCACAGAGCGGCGCUGCAGCAGCAGGACUGAAGCCGGGGUCAGAGACAAGGAGCGAGGGCGGGACAAAGGGAAGCACCACAGGAAGCACUCCCAGGGCAGGACUAAGUCCAGGGGGGCUGCCGGGGUGCGGACUCUGGAGGUGUUUGGAGAGCAGCAGCCCGGCGAGCCCUCCUUUGCCCAGGAGAAGGACAACAUGCACGCGUUGGAGGUGACACAGUACUUCUUCGAGGCGGUGUCGACGCAGAUGGAGCGCUGGUACGAGAGGAAGGUGCAGGAGGCUCGCUGGCAGGCCAAUCAGAGAGCGGAGGCUGACAGAGCCGCUCUGAUCGAGAGGAUCACCUACCUGGAGGACGAGCUGCGCAUGCUGAGGACAAACAGACACGAUGACUGCUAACACACAGCUCAUAUGAUGUUACCAUGGAAACUGGUAAACACCAUGUGUGUAAUGAUAUUCCCACAUCCACUAGUUUUCCUUUUUCUUAUCUACUGACAGUUUGGAAGCUCAAAUUAUAAAAAAUGUGAAACUGAUAUACAAGUUGUAAAAAGAAAUAGAUCAGAAUAUAACCAUUUGAUGCUAACACAUAGAUAACAAACUGAAAAGACUGGGGCUGCCAGAUAGCCGAGCUGUUAUGUUGCGCACUGCAUGUACCAAGGCUACAGUCCUGGUCUAAGUGUCUGUGGGUUUGAAUCUGACCCCGCCCCUUUCCUGCAUGUCAUCUCCAACUCUCUCCUCCCAACAUUUCCUGUCUCUCUUCAGCCGUCCUAUCCAAUAAAAGUAAAAAUAACGGUGAAUGACGAUGAAAAAUGUAAAUCUGGAGGGACAUUUUUCAAGUUUAAGGACAUAUUUGAUAACCUAUUAGCCACUCUUAAACAACAGCUCGUUAGUGUGCAAAGCUUUCUUGGCUAAAGGAACCCCUUUGUGAGUAAUAUGACAGAAAAGCCAGAUAUGAGCCAAUGAGAGCCUGAGUUGAGAGGAGGUGCGUGCCUCUUCUAUUCUGAACACGAGGAUAAACUGCUUGAAUCAAUAACUAAAAAUAAAAGGGAUUCUGUAAUCAAACAGGAAGGACAGUACCCUCAGCUUAAGACAGUACAACAUUUCAAAAUAAAAGCCUAACACAAACAGUUUUUUAAAUGCAGAAUAAUGGAAUUUCAAACAUGCGAUUAAUUAUUGAAAUUCAGCGAUUAAUCGCCAUCAUAACAUGUAAUCAAAGGCUGUUGUCUUCUUUUGUGUUGUUCUGAUUCUAGUGUUUGGUUAAGUUAUAUUCAGUGUUAGUGCACAGCUGUGAGCAACAUAUAUGCAUAUACCCCCCCCCCCCCCACCUCCUCCAGGAACAUUGGGGGGCCCUGAAAACAUUUUUUUGAUCUAAUGAUUAUAUUACGAGGAAUUGGCUGAACGCUUACGUUUAGCUGUCAGUAAGUCAUGAGAUAUUCAUUUGUUUAACCAGGACUUGGCCAGAUGUCCCCCCAGAUUUGUCCUUUUAGUUACUGGUGGAAUCGGGAAAUAUAGACAUUAAACCCGGGUUACACCAACACAACUCGAUGAAAGCAUUUGAGCUUCCAAACCCAGACUUCACAUCAGAGGAUUAUGGCCACAGGAUGACAGCCAAAGACUGUAUAAGCAGUGGACGUAGCCACCAUGAUGUCACUUACUGAAGCGUCUUAAUGCCAUCUUGCUUCUUGUAGCUUGGAGGGAGUGAUUUGAAGAGAUGAUGAACCUGGAGAGGAGCGAGGGGUUGCACUUAGACAGGUGCAUCACUACUUUAAAUAACUGAUAUUAAUUGUGAUUCAUAUUUCUGCAGGUAAAACCAUUCUUUGAGCUAAAAGAAGAAAAUAUCCCAAACUCCACAGAGUGUCUUUAGUUCUACCAAUCACUGAACAAGUCAUUUUUCUGGUUUCCCUGGUAGCUUCUUAAAAUCACAGGUAGCCCCGCCCAUAAGCACCCCCUGCUCUCUGGUCUCUUUAACUCUAAAUGGGACCAUAACUUACUGAACGAACAUCCUGCUGUAUUGAAAAGGACUUGAAACUAAAGAUUGAGACCAUGAUGUCAUCAGGAAAAUGUUUCCUGAAGGAAGAAAUCAACUGCGAACAUUUCAUCAUUUCAUUGACGUCUGUACAAUCAGACUUCAGGAAGCUUCCUACUCUUUUUUUAUAUUCAGUCAACAGAUGCCUAAACAAAGCUCCAUCUUCAAAACACCAUCCUGUCGGUAGUCAUGGUAACACUGCACAGGUGAAUUGAGAUGUGUACAUACAGUUUUAUAGUAAUAAGGCAGCUCUUGUGCACUGUGUGUUGUAAAUAAACCAGUAGACUGAAAGCUAGAUAUUGAUCUCAUGUGCCAUUGAAAAGAUGGACUCUGUGCGUCACGAGAAUAUUAACAACUCUAGCGUCUUUAACUUUAACGAGUUUGAGAUGAUCUGAAGAAAGUGAGAGCGGUCUGAAUGGAGGACUAACAGUGUAAUAAGCUUUGUGUUUAUCAGUGCAUGCUGGAAUCAGACCUGUGACUUCAAUGAACAACCCACUGCCUAUUUAUGACGGGCUGAAAGAACACAGUAUGCACCACCACCACCACCACUAUAUAUAUAUAUAUAUAUAUAUAUAUAUAUAUAUAUAUAUAUAUAUAUAUGAAUUAUAUAUGUAUAAAGUGUUCAUUGUGCUGCAUGAUAUAAUGUGUAUUUUGAGGCUGGAGUGUGCCCAAUCUAUAUAUGAAGACUUUUACAAUGUGUCAGUUUAACAAGUGAGUAGGUGGAUCCACAAAAAAGAACCAUAUUGUUAUGCUUUUAUUCUUUAUAACUUGUCAUUCUUGGAUGAUUUUCUUGUUAAUUCAGAAAAACUGAGCAGAUUUUGUGUAUGCAACACGCUUCUUCUUCUCACCAGUACACUGUAGUUUGUUCAUUUCAUACACCCUGAUGUUACACUGAGCCACCCUGCAGAGGCUUUAACACCAAAGGAGUGUUGAGGGUUCCCUCCAGGUACUCCUGCCUCCUCCCACACUCCAAACACAGACUAGUUAUGUUGAUUGGUGAUUCUACAUCCUCAUUAUGUGUGAAUGUGAGUGUUGCUGGUUGUCCGUCUUUAUAUGUCAGCCCUGUGAUUGGCUGGUGAACAGUCCAGGGUGUACCCCCACCUCUCACCCAAUCAAUGCUGGGAUCGGCUCCAGCUUCCUGCGACCGUGAACAGGAAAAGCGAUAUAGAUGAUGGAUGGAUGUUUAAAAGUGAGGGAAAUCUGCUUUUUCUUCAUUUCUACUAAUAUGGACAUUUUAUAAUAAAAAUACUUUUGACACUUCUUGGUUGCACAAAGACACGACUGUGAACACUGUGAAAGUUUAUAUUUAUUUCUGUGGCACACUCCAGACUCUUUAGAUUUGGAUAAACAAGAAACUUUCAAACAGCAUCAAACUCUAUAUGUCCUGUCGAUUAAAGAACGUAUCCUCCCUCUUGACAAAGAAUCAUCAGCAGCUACUUCAGAGAUCAUUAUUCCUCCCUUGCAUGUUUCUCUAAAGUGAUGGUUUGUGAAUUUUCUGUCUUCAGUUAUGAAAUCAGGAACAUAUUAAAGGUCACAUAUUACAUAGAACACACUUCACCAUGUUUUUCAAACACUUAUAUGUGUCUCUAGUCUGUCUACAAACCCCCCAAUGAUGAGAAAAGUCCAUCCUCCAUCUUUUGCCUGCUCCACUUUUCAGAAAAUGUGUGCUUAAACAGGCUGUUUGGAGAUGUUCCCUUUGUGACAUCACAAAGGACAGUAACCCCUCCCCCAGGUGGGUGACACUCCCACAGCUAGGUGUUUGUUCUGUCCUCUGAGUCUGCCUUCUCACUGUAAACAAUCAGGCAUGGUGCAAGAAAGCACAAGCCACAUCCCUUUCCAGAGAGGGGGCGUGGUCAGACACAGCUCAUUUACAUAUUUAAAGGUACAGACACAGAAACAGCCUGUUCUGAGCAGGGCUGAAAUAGAGGGGUUUAUAGACAUGAUCAAAUACAGGAUCAGAGUGGAUUUAGAACAAGACACUUGAGAUUUAUUUAAACUGGUUGGAAAGGAGAAUAUGUGACCUUUAAAUCAGUACUGAAAAAGAAUCAUUAGUUGCAGCGCUCUUCAACACAAACUAACCCCUCUCCUGAUCCUGAACAGCUAACUACAUUUAACCUCUGCUGGUCUUUGUCUGCCUGUACAUGAUCGUUGUAACAUAAAGAUGGAUUGUGUUUGAAGCUGUUGCAUGAAGAAAGCUCAGAGUUGUGUUGCAGUAUUCUCGUCUGCUGUGUGUUUGGUGUAGUGACCGUCUGUUCAGCUCAACAAAAUCUAACUGCAGAGCCACAGCUCCCUAGACCUACGUUUUAUUAGACGAAUGCAUGGGCAGGUUUGUGGCAUUAUUUGAAAUGUAAUACUCUCUUAAAUUGUGUUUUUUAACUUUUACUACCUAACCAGGCAGGAGAUUAUGUUAACCUUUGAUAAACCUGCACAACGGUCCAAAGUUGGUGCUCUGUGGCUCUGUAGUUUGAUGUUAGUUGGUUCGUUUUUCAUGAAUUAAUGUUGAUAUGAAUAAUGCACUCUGAAAACAUAUUUUGUAUUAAUUAAAUGAUCUUUCUACUUC